GGGAUUAAAGAAUGAAAACAGCGGUACAGCUGCGUUCUCGAAGGAAUAUUCCCAGCAGCAGGACGGUCAGCCGACGUUGAGUCGUUCUAACGAGCGUCAUUCCGGCCUCGUCCGUCAUCACGAUAACGUGGCUUCUGCAAUAAUUUUCACUGAAAAAUGGCCUGUAAAACUCUGUGCAUUCUCGGCUUCAUUUUUUUUGGCUUCUCCCGUGCGAGUGCGCGGGUUUUUUACGUCGAUGGAGCAGCCAACUACGCGCCAAACCCACUCCGGACAAGUUACAUUUAUCCGCUGAAUUAUCAGCCGAACGAAGAACCGAUCGAGCAGUCGUCCCGUGACUUGGACAUGAGUUUCUCAGCCGGAGAUCCUCUCGAGCUUCCCAACGACAGAGGCUUCCUCUAUCCUGGCAUGUCGAGAAACGUUCGCCCGUAUCCGAAUCGUCAGGAGGAACCAAUAAUCGAAGUGAGCCGUGAUUACGAUCGUCCGGCCAGCACGCACAAGCUCGUGGAUAUUCCGGCUCGCAGGAUCAUCUACGGAGACCAGUAUCCCCUGUUGAAUCGCAGAGUCAUCAGAAUCGACAACAACGAAGGAGCUCGAAAGGGGGAAGUCGUGCUGGAACUUCGCGUCACGGCCAACAGCAAGAACGACGAGAGUAUUUGAAUUAAUCCGAGCUCGCUCCUUUCGGAUCCUGUUCUUUCUUUUCACGAUGUGCGUAGUAAAAUUGCAACGAAACUCGGUUUGUAACAUGCUCCGAUCAAGCGUCACUUUAUUCUGGUGACAGGCAUUAUUGAUCGUUGGAAAUUGUAUGGGAAAACAUAAAUAAAAAAUCACUUUGAUUGCGUGUGUGAAUUGCAAGCAA